GUGUUUCCUUAUGUUUCGACAGCGGAAGUUAACUGUUAUCUGUAACUUUCUAUGGCUGCAUUACUAUGUAAAAACCUGAGGCUUAAACUGGCCCCCUGGUAGCCAUGGCAGCAGAAGAGAAGGCGGGUGUCGGUCGUGCCCCGUCUUGUCUGUGCGUCCUCUGCGGGCUACCUGCCGCAGGGAAGUCCACUCUGGCCCGCACGGUGCUCAGCGCCGCUGCACAGCACGGAUGGAGAGCCACUGUUGUGCCGUACGAUGACCUGAUCCCGGAGCAUGCUUUUCAGACCAGAGCUGUGGAGGACGGAGUCGCACUGCAAGAUGUGCACACUGAAUGGAAGUUACACAGACACGCCGUGCUGCAGUGCAUUGAGCAGUUCAUGAAGAAACCUGAAGUGUUGGCCGAGCUACCAAGCAAAUGUCAGAUCAACAGGGCUGCGUGGGAACAAUGCAUUCACACUCUGCUGCAGCCUGAAGGUUUGGACCACUCUUGUGCUGACCGGACUCCACUUCUCUUUCUACUGGAUGACAACUUCUACUAUCCAAGCAUGAGAUAUGAAGUGUACCAACUUGCAAGAAAGCAUUCACUGGGGUUCUGCCAGGUGUAUCUACACUGUGAUUUGGAGUCCUGUAUCAGCAGAAACCAGAGCAGGUCUGAGCCCAUUUCCACUGAGGUGAUAUUAGAGAUGGUGAAGCGUUUGGAGUCUCCAAAUCCACAGAAGAACCCAUGGGAGACAAAAAGCAUUUUUCUCAACACUACAGACAAUUUGUCCAAAUGUGACAUCCAGAAGGUAAUGGAGUUGAUCUCCUCUGCACUGAGCAACCCGCUGAGCCCUGUAGAGGACAACACUGAACAAAAGGAAGCCGCCCGUCUGAAAUGUGCCUCUAGUGUGGUACACCAGGCUGACCAGGCCUGUCGCCGCCUGAUCUCUGAGGCCAUGAAGACUGCCAGAGAAAACCAAGUGUCCUCUGAACACAUGAGGUCUCUGGCGACCCAGCUGAAUGAAUCCAAAGCAACAUUUCUUCACAACCUGCGAAAACAGUUGCUUCAGGAAACGCCGCUCACUCAAGAAGAGGACUUUGAUGUGGAACGUGUGGUGAAAAGAGCAGUGGAUGUUUUCGACCACGAGAAAAAGGAGAUUUUGUUGAGAAUCAUAAAUGACCAUAAAUGACUUUUUUCCACAAAGCAAUAUUUAAUUGCAUCCAGUCAUUAGUGAAUGUGUGUAAUUUGUAUCUAGUUAAAUGUAAAUAAAAUGCUGAUUACCUCA